AAACUAAAUCUAAGUUAGUUCCAUUCUUUCCUCAAACCAAAGUUAUGUUUCAUUCUUCUCUUUUCUAUAUCUUCUUAUCUUAUAACUAAAUCUUAACAGUUAACGCAUUCACUCUCUCCCUCCCCCCCUCUCUCUCUAAACCAUGCCUGUUAUCAAGUGGAGAAGACCCAGAACCAAAUUAAGGCACCCCAUUUCAGAAACUGAUAAAACUUCACAACUUUCUUCCUUAAUCCAAUCCACUUCUUGCAAAUCAAGUAUCUCCACUCUCUUUUCCACUUUCUCCAACACCAACACAUCCAAUGAAACCACACAUGACAGUAACCAAAACAUAACAAAGAAAAACAACAAAAAUAGUAAGAAUGUCAAUAACACCAAUAGCAGCUUUUCUGCAUCAACCUUCAGAAGUCUCGGUUGCACAGCCGGUACAUCACAACAAGUGUCUGUACCGGCAGUGAUUCGAUCCUCUGCAGAUUGGCAAGGGAAGAAGAACAGGAAAAAGAAGAACAGAAGGAACAAAACAUGUCAUGGUGUUGAUGAUGUGGAUUUUCAGGAUGUUUGGUGUGGACCUGGAACUGGAUUCUUAUCUGAUGCUGCUGCUGAUGUUUCUGUGGAUUGUGUUGUUGCAAGAAAAAAUGUUUCUUCAAGAGGAAAACUUGAUAAUGGUGAAAGGAUACCACAUAGAGAGCGUUCAUCAAUUUUUGGAAGGCGUAGUGUAAACCUAAAUCAAGAAAGUUUGUCAUUUUUGGAAGAUAAUUCUGAUAUUUUUACAACACGUCCUGGAUUAGAGUCUUUUGGAAAUAGUGGGUUUUAUCGUAAUGCUUCGAAUGUUUCUUCUGAUGGUAUUGCUGAGAUAAUGAAAUUUAAAGGAGCUAGACUAAUGGGGGGACGAUCACGUGAUCAAUUUAGAGACUGGAGACUUGAUGUUGAUAAUAUGUCAUAUGAGCAAUUGCUUGAGCUGGGAGAGAGAAUUGGUUAUGUGAAAACUGGACUUAAAGAAGAUGAGAUGAAAAACAACAUAAGGAAAAUUAAGCUUUUGAUUUCAAAUGAUUCAUCAAAGCAUCAAAUAGACAAAAAGUGCACCAUUUGUCAAGAGGAGUAUGAAUCAGAUGAUGAAUUGGGUAGAUUACACUGUGAACACAGCUAUCACUUUCAGUGUAUAAAACAAUGGCUUGUGCUUAAAAACUUCUGCCCAGUCUGUAAGCAAGAAGUUGUGGUUCGACCGUGACUCGAGUGGCGUAACCCUAAUGUUUUUUCCCCUCAUUUUAAAAUGAUGUAUAGUUUUUUUUCAUAUGCAAUAUUUAUUCCAUCUUUUAUUCUUUUAAAACUUUUGGCUUGCUUAGUGAAGAAUUGGAAACAUGUUAUAUUUGGUAAUGGUCUCUAAAUUGGAAGAUGCUUUUGUAAAUUAUACUCAAGAGUGGGUCUUGCUUGUGAACAAAUUAUUCUUUUUGUUCUUUUUACUUUCCUCAUGAAAUUGGUGUUUGAAUGCUCUUCAA